AUGAGCACACGCGUGAAACCGAAACGCCAAAACCUCUACCAUCGACAUUGCAGGUCCUGCGAAAUGACCUUUGCCACUGAAGAGCGGACGGUCGAGCAUCUUCGAGUGGCCCAUACACACGACGCGUGUGCCGACUGUUUUCGCUUCUUUGUCGACAAGAAGGCUCUUGAAGAGCAUUAUCGGGAGUCCAGCGCACACAACCCGCCCGACCCCAGUGACGGGGUCAUCCAAGCUGCUCGGUGGGGAUGCAGAAAGUGCCACCGAGAAUUCAAAACAGAACAAGUGCUCCACGAACACUAUCAGCACUCGGGGCGUCACCACUACUGUACCUCUUGCAACCGCCUAUUCGACCACCGCGACGCGCUCCAAACCCAUUUGCGCUCGUCAGACCACCCCCCGCCAAGAAUUCCCUGCCCUCUGAAGCGUUGCCAAAGCGACGCCUUCCUCGACGAGCCCGCGCUUAUAUCCCAUCUCAGCGCAGGUUGCGGUGCCACUCUCAGGCUGGACGCCCAGCAAAUCGCCCGCUACAUCGACAACUACUACAAGCAACACGAUCCUGCAAGCACCUUCGUUUUCGUCGACCCUGCCCCGGGAACGCCCGCCGUGACGGACCGAUGCUGGAACGGCUCGAAAUUCGAGUGUUUUCUGUGCUCGAAGCAGUUCCCCAGCAUGGGCAGGCUCAAAACGCACCUUUUCAGUCCUGCUCAUGAAGACCCGAGCGCCUACAAAUGCCGCCGUCUCACAUGCAGACAGAAAUUUGACGACCUGGGCUCAUUCUGGGAGCACGUCGGCAGCGAAAUCUGUGGUGUGAGGCGGUUUCGGACCAAGGAGGGUCAGGUCCUGGCCACUGACUCGAAGAAGCUUGAAGCUGCGCAGCCCCAGUCCCAGCCCGCCUUCGCAGACAAUGCGAAUAACGACAAGCUUGUCUUACCAGCAAAUCAACAAUUAUUGCGGGUCCAGUCCACUCUUCCCGACCCGAAGAGAAUUUCUUUCAAGUCCCAACUCACUCCCCAAUUGGCACACACCGCAGAGACAGCUGACGCCGGCCAUCUCGCGACCGACAACGCAUGGAAUGGCUCCAAAUACGAGUGCUAUCUCUGUCACCAUACGUUCCGUCUCGGCACCGCGCUGAAUAAUCACCUCCGCCAACAUCCGCGACACGCCCCAGACCACGGCUAUACCUGCCCAGGAACGACUUGUGCGCGUCCGUUCGCAACGCUGCCGGCUUUGUGGGCACAUGUCGACACGGAAGAAUGUGGAGUGUCCAGGUUCCGCCAUCGCGUCAUCAUCACCGUGACCAAGGGAAUUGCGAAGGGACGAAGUUGA